AUGAGUGUCUCCGUGUUUGUCCUGCAGGCAGCGGAGGGCCGCCAGCUGUGCCCCACCUGCCACACCCCCCAUCAGCUGUCGGACAUGUUGGAGCAGCCGGACGACGAGGGCGCGUUGGAUUUCUUCUGCAGCCACAGGUGCACGAAGGUGCACAAAGCCCAGACCCUCCCUGUGCCAGUGAAGACGAGUCCUUCAGCUGACGAGGACGACGUUAAAGAAGUGAAGCCGCUGCUGCUGAGUUUACCUCAUAUAAAAGAGGAGCCCAUCGAUGAGUUCACUCAGGAUCGCUCCGAGUCCGUUUCCUCCUGGGACAUCAAGCAGGAACCAGACGAGCCGAAGGACUUGAGGAUCGGUUCUGUUUUCUCUCUGACGGAGGACUCCAAACUGUCCCCCGUGGACCCGCCUGGGUCCUGCUCCACCUGUCAGCGGGUUCUGGAGGACGGGGCGACGGUUUACCAGAGGAAGGCCCACACGGACUUGUUCUGCUCCACUUCCUGCCUGCUGAAGUUCUACCAGAAGAAACCCGUGAAAACGACGUGCCACUUCUGUCUGCGGGUCAUAACGAACCCUCAGGACGUCCUCCGGGCGGCGGCGGGGACCGCGGGGACGAAGGACUUCUGCAGCCGGACCUGCCUGUCCUACUUCAACUACCAGAGGAUCGUUUCCACCAAACUUCCUUUGGUUCCCGUCGCCUCCCACUCCCAGUGCAGCGCCUGCAGCAGACACUGCAUCAGCAAACACGAGGUCAUUCUGCAGGGCGUGGUCCGCAAGCUCUGCAGCGACCCGUGCUUCUACCGUUUCUGCACCAUCAACAAGCUGUCGGUGUGCGAGAACUGCGGCUCGGCCUGCAGCAAACCGCUGUGCCUGAAGACGGAGGGUGGCGACAAGCCGCUGUGCGGCGCCGAAUGCCUGGCCCGGUUCAAGAAGACAAACCGGGCGGAGCAGACGUGCGCGAUGUGCCGCAGCCCUCAGCUGAUGUCAGACAUGGUUGAACACAGGAACAGUGACGACAUCGUGGAGCUCUUCUGCUCCAAAAGCUGCGUGAUGGCGUCCAAAAUCCAGAGCAUCUGCACCUCAGGCGUCUCGUUGGACUGCGACAACUGCAGGAAGACGACGGUCCCGGUUUGUCACCUCGCCAUGUCCGACGCCUCCAUCAGAAACUUCUGCUCUCUGACCUGCGCCAUGGAGUUCAAGGAGACCCAGGCGAACCCGACCGCACAAACCCAGAACGGUUCUGACAAACCUCCAGAGCUCCUGUGUGCUCAGUGUCUACAAGCCAUAACGUCCAUCCCUGAAGUCAUCCAGAACGAGAAACGUCUGAUUUACGUCUGCAGCUCAGCCUGCUCUCAGGACUUUAAACGGAUCAACAGCAUCGUGGCUUCGUGUGAACACUGCGGGAGCAUCAAACUGAUCAAUGAAGUGAAGCGGAUCGGCACCAAGAACUGCUGCUUCUGCAGCACCGGCUGCUCGGCGCUCUUCAUCCUCAAUCAGAAGACGACGUUCUCCUCGUGUUCCUUCUGCCGCUCCGUGUGGAGGUCCACAGCUCAGGAUGGAGGCGCCGAGGAGGAGUUCUGCUCCGAAUCGUGCAGAUCCAGACACGACCUGCUGCUCAGUUCUUCACCUCCUGAAGCUGCAGGAGCCGUCCACGCCUCCCCUGUGCUCACAAACGUUGUCUCGCUGUCGAGCACUCUGAGAAAUCACCUGAACUCCCUGAGGAGCUCCUCACAGCUCGGUCUCGGACUUUUCUCUGAUAUUCAAACUAAAGUCGUCGGACACGCCAGCGUUCAGACGGAGCCCAAACAGCUGAAGAACAAGUCGAUGCUCUGCGUUCCUCUGGUCCACAACAAAGGCGUGUCCUGCUCGGUGCAGACGUCAGAAGCUGCAGCACAGACAGUUCCGGUCUACGUGCCCCUCCCCUUGAACAUGUACAGCCAGUACACGCCGGUGCCCGUGGCUCUGUCUGUUCCGCUGCCGGUCCCGGUGUUUCUGUCCGAGAAGCCGAGCUGCGCUGAGCCGGCAGAGGAGGAGAAGGAGGAGGAGGAGGAGGAGAAAACAUUAAAGAGUCCCGAGGAGGAAGCAGAAGAAGACGAUGGAGGCGAGGGAAACGUCAGCGAGGAGGACGGAGGAGAGACGAAGGAAGAGGAAACACAACGCUCUCUGGCCCUCAUCGACAACAUCAGCAGCUACAGGGACGAGUUCGAGACGGACUUAAAAAAUCAGAAGAACUUCGGCUUCGACUCCAUUCUGGAGUUAUUCUUUGAUUCACAACCUCGUAAAGUCUCUCCUAAAGGUUCUAAUCCAAACGUCCCAGAGGAGCGCCUCCCUGACCUCCCACCUCCUCCUGCUCCUCCUGCUUCUCCUGCUCUUCCUGCUCCUCCUGCUCAGGUGGUUCAGAACCACAGGACUUCAUCAAGUCCUCCUCCUCCGUCACAACAAACUGUGCAAGGUGACCAGGACAAGGCCGGGCUGACACACAGAGAAAAGCUGCAGCGUUCGACUGAAGUAGCCGAAGAGGAGGCGUCAGCCGAAGGUUCUCCACAGACGGUUCCCCGGAGGAGGAAAGAGCUGAGCAGUGAGAGAGGAGUCAAUGCCUGGAGGAGCUGGAUCGAGUGGAGAGGAUCUCAGUCCCACCUGGGUCACAUUUCCUCUCCUGCUGUGACGCUGAAGGCAGAUCUUCUGGCGUGUUCUUCGGCUGAUCUGGACGUCGGACUCUGCCUCUUCAUCAGAGAGGUGGCGCAGCAACGAGGACGUCCAGUUUCUCCGGACCACAUCUUCUACCUCUGCCUCUGCAUCCAGCAGUGUUUGUUUGAGAACGGUCGUCUGGAGAACGUCUUCAGUGACCUGAGCUACCAGAAGUUCUCCUCGGAGAUGACGAAGAUCCUGAGACCCUUCAGACGGUCUCUCUCAGCUGCAGGUUCUGCCCGCUCCUGCGUGAAGGAGGAGUUCCUGUGGGGGUGUAAGCAGCUGGGGGCGUACUCCCCCAUCGUGCUCCUCAACACCCUGCUCUUCUUCUUCUGCAAACACUUCGGCUUCACCACCAUAGAGCAGCACCGCCAGCUGUCCUUCACAUCUGUAGUCCGCUACUCCAGAACCAACGAGGACGGCACCAAGACCAACACCCUGCGCUUCUACCCCCCCACGCCCUCAGACCACAAGCAGCCAGACUCUGACGGCGUCCCAGCGAAGAAACGCAAGUUAAACAUCUUGAAGUUGAAGGAGAACAAGAAGAACCCUCUGCGGUGUCCCGUCAGGUUCUACGAGUUCUACCUGUCCAAGUGCUCGGAGUCGGCGAGGCGCCGCAGCGACCUCUUCUACCUCCAGCCGGGUCACCACUGCCUUCCCAGCAGCCCUCUGUGGUUCUCCAUGACGCCGCUGGACGACGCCACGUUGGAGGCGAUGAUCGUUCGAACCCUCGCCGUCCGACUCCAGCAGCAGAAGUGAGAAACGAUCUCCUUCGGCUGCUAACGACCGAUAAACACUAAACCUGUAGAAGCAGCCGAAGACGCUUCGAACCCUCUGUUGAUUAAACUUUUAUUAUCAGGGAAGAAUUUGUUUUACUAUGAACAGUUUCUAGAAUAAUCUUGUCUUCAUGAAUGUAAAGUUGAGUCGAAACAUUUUCAAACAUAAUUUUUUAUAUUUGAUUAAAGUCAGCCUGAAUGUUUUCAGUUAAAAAAACAGUUAGUCUUUAUUUUUCUAGAACAAACUGAAUUAACACCAAAAACUGUCGUUUUAUUUUGAAGUGGCUGCAGAUUUAUUAAA